CUCCAUGCUACUCUCAUCGCUAUAAAAUCUCCUCCAUCCCAGUCGGCGUCGCACGCAUCCCACAAGUCUCUCUCUGUUCGACUGGCUCAGGUGAAUGUAGAGACUCGAAGAGAGCUCGUGUAAGCGGAGAUGUUGGCAGGUGUGUUAGUUCUGGGCAGCAUCCUCACAGCUUUACCAGGUACUGAGAGCAGGUGGAGUGUGUCAUUCUCUCGGAGGGAGAUCUGUGUGUGGGCAGGAACUACUGUCACUCUGCCCUGCCGCUAUGACUACCCAUCCGGUCACACCGUGAAGCGGGUCAUGUGGUUCCGUGUGUCUGCUGAGGGUCGCAGGGAGUUUACCCACCACAGCGACCCAAACCAGAUCAGCCUGUCGUACCGAGGACGCACACGGUAUAUUGGAGGCAGCUACUCCAGCUGUUCGGUCCAGAUUCGGGGGGUGAAGCUGAGUGAUGCGGGUCAGUAUCAUUUCAGGUUUGAGACCGACCAGCCACUGGGGAGAUGGACGUCUCCAGACACCAUCACUCUGGAUGUGACAGACCUCCAGGUCCAGGUGCAUCCAGCCAGACCUGCCAACAUGUUUGGAUUUGGGGAGACAGUGUUUGUCGGCUGCCAGGCCAAAGGAUGUGCAGCUCCAGGAAGAAGUCUGGCGCUUUACAGGAACGGACUAAACCUCGGCUCUUAUGAGAAAUGGAUGAUUAUUAACCGUUUUGACCAGCAGCAUGUUGGAGUGUACACCUGUCGACCGAUCCCACCGCAGAAUGUGCAGUCACCGUCGCUCUCCCUGUCCCUGGGACACGGACCUCGCUCCACUUCCAUAGCAGUGUUUCCUGCAGGAGAAGUGACUGAAGGCGGCUCCGUCACUCUGACCUGCAGCAGUGAUGCAGCUCCACCUGUCGAGAGCUUUGCAUGGUUCAAAGACAUGGAGAGCGGCAGCAUCCCGGACAGUUUCAGGCCUCAGCUCCGCCUGUCGCACCUCAAAUACUCAGACAGAGGAGAGUAUUUCUGUGUAGCGCGAAACUCACUGGGAACAGAUCGCUCCAAACCACUUCUACUCAACGUCACUUACUCUCCAAAGAACACUCGUGUGCUGGUUAGUCCUCCAGGAGACAUCAGAGAAGGUUCUUAUGUGAACCUGAGCUGUGUUUGCCACGCCCACCCACCUGCCAACAGGUUUGCUUGGUAUCGUAUCCUAGGUGACCAGGUGAUUGCUAAAGGUACUUUUCAGAACCUGACCUUCAUGUCUGUCCGAGCUCAUCACGCUGGUCAGUACUACUGCAGAGCAUCGAACCGAUUAGGAUACCUGACCUCCCCUGUUGUUUCCCUCACUGUGCUGUAUCCUCCCAAGAACACAUCAGUUCUGGCUCGUCCCUCCAGUGUGGUGGAUGCCGGCCGCCCUUUGACCCUGACCUGCAGCAGUCAGGCCAACCCAGCAGUGGACAACUUCACCUGGCACCGUUUAGCUCUGGAUGGAGGCUCUGUACAAUCGUGGGGCUCCAAGUCCGGUCCAGUCUUCACCUUCUCAGAGGUCAGUCCAGGUGAAAGCGGUCAGUACUACUGUGAGGCCAGGAAUCGAAUCGGAGCUCACAGCUCUCCGGUCCUCACUGUAAAAGUCAGAGGUCGUCUAAAGGUCAUCGCCUUGGCCUCAGCAGUGGGAGUGUCUGCUGGACUCAUCACCCUCACAGUGGCCAUUAUGAUCAGUAAGAACAUGCACAGAGUUGACUUAGACUCAGUAGAAGUCGUGAGUAAGCGUCCAUCAGUGACAGCCGACACCAUGUUCUAUGAGUCAGCCCAACAGCAGACCUUCCCAGUGAGGAAGGGCAAGAUGUCCGACAUACCGGAGGAACCAGAGGACCUGAGUGACAGUUCUCAUCCCUCCAUCGUUCCUCUGAUGGACGCUCCACCAAUCCAAGACGUGGAAAGUCGCAGCUCUGCCUCCAAAUACAUGACUGUCCAUUACUCCAGGUUGUCCAGUACAGAUCAGGUGCAGGUCCACAACCUGCCACUGGGUGGUGAUAAACAAACAAAAGAUUCCUCCAAAGUUGUUUACACUCUGCUGCCCCAGCCCCACCACUGACUGUGAAGGCACAGGCCAUCAGCUGAACAACACAUCAGUCAUUCUCUUAUGAGCCGAUUUCUUUGCUUCCAUCUGCCUGUCUGACUGGAAGUUGGAUCAGUGAGAACUUUGACAUUGUUCAUCGCUCUGGUUCAGACCUGAUGUUGCAUCCAGGAGAGUUGGUGAAGGCAGCAUGUCGUCCUGUCUAGAAGUCCAGCUCCUGAACUCUGUUGCAUGUCUUUCUUUCUUUGCAUUUCACGACUUCAUGCUGUCUGAUGAAAUACUGAAAGCCACUUUGCUUGCCUUCCUACCCACGGCACACUUACAGUAUAUGUGGGGUUGCUUUUUUUAUUAAUACUUGCCGUGACAUUUUCAACCAGAUAUAUGCCGAUGACACAGUAUUGCUGGUUGCCACAGUAUCCUUUGCAUCCUCUGAUAACUAAAAUAAAUGACAAGCCUUUGUAUGAAAUCAUGUGUCUCCAAUAAAAAUUAACAGUGUGAUUUUAGACGCAUUAGUGGAGAAAACCUGUAGAAAAUUAUCUGAAAAGUAUUCAACAAUCUUGUCAAUAAAUAAUCUACAGGGUUGUUCUAAAUGUUGCUGCAAUCUUUAUUCAGUUGCUUUUAUUAAAUCUGUCUCUCCAUUUUUAUGUAGAGUCAGCUAAGCAAGAACUAAUGCAAAUGACAUGAUGUAGUUUGUUACACUGAUGAACUUAAACCAGACAAAUGACUUCCACUGUUUUUCUACUUUGUCUUACUUUGUUUUCUAAUUUUAAAAUAAUAAUUGACUAGUUUAUAAUAAGAUAAGAAGUAACUCCCUUAAGGAUCUAUCUAAUCUACUUAUUUAUCUAUUUAAUGUAAUGACUUAUCAACUAUUUUUUUUUUCUUGUGAUUAUGAAUACGGGACUUUGAGUCGAGCUGUUUUCGCUUCACAUUUGAGAAGUUCCACAAUGACGCUGCUCGGUUCAGAAAGCGUUGCUACACUGAUGUUGUGUUCACUUUAUCGUUUUUUAAUCGCGGCAUCUAACACCGCAGACAUGAUGUUACAAAAUGUGAGGAAAUGCAAACAGCAGUUUUGAAAUGAUGCUAACUGAGAGCUGCAAACCUCCGGCUUAUUUCUGAAAAUAAACACAAGCACACGUUCACUCUGCACAUUUUAUUUGUAUUUACUCCUUUUCCAAAUCAUGCUCAGGUAUUAGAUGUGGAAAAUGUUUGCUGCAAUAGCUGUGUCGCUAACAUGGGUUGAUUGCAACAUGUCCUUUGUUGAUGUAUAACUUCCGUUGCAAUAUUAAGUGGGGCAAUGCGCCUAAAG